ACAUGUCUCAGUAAGCUUGUCAAGCUGUUGAGUUAAGGUUUUUCCAAUAACUGUGAAUUUUUUGGCAUUUGUUUGAAAACUUACCAUGCCUUGGUCAAAGGGCAUCUUACUUUUCACAAUGGCAGUGGUGACACUGAGUUCUUCUUUAAGGGCUGAUCCUGAGGCCUUUUCUGAAGCAGUCUCUGAAGACACUGUCCGUUUUGGUAAACUUUUAAUUGGUGGUCAAGAUACAGUAUCUAAUAAUAUGAAAACAUCUGCACUGAGGUCAGCGGAGUCAGAUCACUGGUCAAAUGAGGAAGUGUGGUUUCAACCUGCUAGCGCUAAACUGCAACGUCUGGGUUCUGUGCGAUGUAGCAAUGAUUCAAUGAUCUUGCGUGUUCCAGGACGGAGAAUGCCACACUUUAUGGUUGAUCGAGGAGAGGAGUCUCCAGUGCCUUUGUCUGAGAUGCCAGCUAGCUGUGGCUUCUCACUGAAGCGGGCACGCAGGGAUGUCUCUCUUGUUGCUCCAUAUCGGGGCUGUCAUGUCAGAAAACAGGGUGGAAGUUAUAUUCUGCCACUCAUUAUAAUGGGAGCUCCAGUGCAAAUGUCUUGCCCUGUGAGUCCUCCCCUCCCUACUGUGUCCUGCUUUUCCUCUGGAAUGAUUGUCAAAUUUGGUGUCAGGGCAGAUUAUGUUAAAGUUAAAGUUGAUGGAUCGUGGGAGCCUUUGCUUCAAAAGUACACUCAAUGCUCAUUUACACUGGAGAUUACUGCUGGUUCACUGGUUGUCACUGCACCAUUCACAGGAAGCUGUUGGGAAGUGACGGAUACUGAAUGGCGACUCCCUUUGAUGUACAAUGAUCAGGAAGUGACUCUUUCCUGCCCUCUGAUACAGCCAACCAUAGCCCCAACCACACCUGCUGUCCGUGACCCAACUGACAUGCAACAGAUGUUUGGCCCUUUCCCUUUUGAAAGACCCUGGUGGUAUCCUACAUAUCCUGGUGUACCUGCUACCCUGCCUCCCACCGUGCCACCUACAACUACUCCUUUUCAAUAUCCUUUCCAGCAACCCAUGUUCCCUCACAUGUAUCCCAUGCCAAUAUUUGAUCCCUCUUACUCUAAAGGUGACCCAGCUGCUCCCCCAGCACCACAACCACAUUAUCCCUGGUACCCAAAGUUACCUCCUUAUAUGAAUGGCUUCCAAAGUCCAGCUGAAGUGACCACUCCUGCAACGACCACAACUGCCCCAUACCAGCCUGUUCACCAGUAUCCAGGUUAUCCAAUGUACCCACCGUUCUAUGGUCCUCAACCCAUCAAGUCUUUUGUGCCUCCAACUGUGAAAUACCCUUUCAUGCCCCAGUAUCCUAAGGAUCCAAGCUUUGGUCCCCGCAGCCGUAAAUCACUAUCUUCUCCUGCACUGUUAUCUUCAUUCUACAGGUCUCGUAGAUAACCACUUGACCGAGCAGAUGAGUGGACUCUGAAGUGGCAUUGGUUUUUAUUGACACCAGGACAAAUUAAGUGACCCAAAUUGUUGUUGGGUAUAAGCCUAAUAAAGCUUUGACUUCAA